UUCCGCCGCGGUGAGUCUUGUGUUGGUUUGCUUGCAGCAUGGCUGACAGCGGCGUAGCGGAGGCUCUUCUCCAGCGGCUCGAUCGGGCGGAUGGCGGGGUUGACAGCCAGCAGGUGGCGGCGAGUCUCGGGCUGGAUCAUCAGCUGGUGGUCGGAGCCGUGAAGAGCUUGCAGGCGCUCGGGGAGGUGAUCUGUGCCGAGCUCCGCUCUUCAAAGCACUGGGAGGUCACGGAGGAGGGGAAGGAGAUCGCGGAGCAGGGCAGCCAUGAGGCUCGGGUCUUCAACUGCAUCCCGGCAGAGGGCAUGGCUCAGAGCCAGCUUAUGAAGCUGCCGAGUGCGAAGGUGGGCUUCAGCAAGGCCAUGUCUAGCAAGUGGGUCAGACUGGACAAGAACGCAGAGGGAGGACCUCGGAUCUACAAGAGCGUGGACAGUAUUGAGGAUACUGUGAAGGACAGGCUGCAGCUCGUCCAGCGUGGACAGGCAGGGAGCCUGGAGGAGAAGGAGAAGAACGAACUGAAGAAGAGGAAGCUGCUGUCCGAGGUGACAGUAAAGUCUUACUGGAUCACUAAAGGAAGCAGUUUCAGCACCACAGUCACUAAGCAGGAGACAGAACUGACACCCGAGAUGCUAGCCAGCGGUGGGUGGCGUGACAAGAAAUUCAAGCCGUACAACUUUGACGCCCUGGGCAUCAUCCCUGACUGCGGGCACCUGCACCCGCUCAUGAAGGUGCGCACGCAGUUCAGACAGAUCUUCCUGGAGAUGGGCUUCACAGAGAUGCCAACCAAUAACUUCAUCGAGAGCUCGUUCUGGAACUUCGAUGCCCUGUUCCAGCCCCAGCAGCACCCUGCCCGGGACCAGCACGAUACCUUCUUCCUGUCUGACCCGGCAAUCGCCACCGAGUUCCCCCUGGACUAUCUGGAGCGAGUGAAGAAAGUACACUCAGAGGGGGGGUACGGCUCCCAGGGGUACAAGUACGACUGGAAGAUCGAAGAGGCCCAGAAAAACAUUCUGAGGACCCACACCACUGCCGUCAGCGCACGCAUGCUGUACCGCCUCGCUCAGCAGAAGGAGUUCUCCCCGGUGAAGUAUUUCUCCAUCGACCGCGUGUUCCGCAACGAGACGCUGGACGCCACUCACCUGGCAGAGUUUCACCAGGUGGAGGGCGUGGUGGCAGACUACGGGCUCACGCUGGGGGACCUGAUGGGUAUCCUGCACCAAUUCUUCAUCAAGCUGGGAAUCACGAAGCUCCGCUUCAAGCCCGCGUUCAACCCUUACACGGAGCCCAGCAUGGAGGUGUUCAGCUUCCACGAAGGUCUGAAGAAGUGGGUGGAGGUGGGGAACUCGGGGGUCUUCCGACCGGAGAUGCUGCUGCCGAUGGGGCUCCCUGAGGGGGUUUCAGUCAUCGCCUGGGGACUGUCGCUGGAGAGACCCACUAUGAUCAAAUAUGGAAUCAACAACAUCCGAGAGCUGGUGGGUCACAAAGUGAACCUGCAAAUGGUCUACGACAGCCCUGUGUGCCGACUGGAUGCCUAAACAGGCAGGCGCGUGGGCACCGCUGGCCUGAGGACCCCUCGCUCCCCCCGUUCCGUUCCUUGCCCUCGCCAGCGACUGGGCCGCACUGAAACAAUAUUGACCAGGAAGGAGGACUGUGGCUUUCUGCUCUGGACUGGUUGCUAGGUGAUGGGUCACAAGUGAAAUUAGUUUGGUGUCAACUUUAAUCUUUUCUGAACAGCUGUGUACUGAAUAUAACAAUUAAAACAUUGAGAAAAUUCCUUUCAACACUGCAGAGCGCUCUAGCAGUAUAGGAAAGAGAACUCCA